AUGUCACCCAUUCCAUUAAACUCUAGUGAUGUUUUGUUUCAUUGUCCAUCACCAAAUCAUUCACCAACCACCAACAAUAUUAAUUUAGAUCAGGAGGUGUCUGUUCAAUUGAACAGCAGUAUCAGUAGCGGCACAAAUUCAUUAACAUGUUUAGACCAUGUUAAAAACCAAUCAAUUCUUCUUCAUAGUCAUCAAUCAAAUAAUAAUAACAACAUUAAAUUCAAAAAUACAAACAACAACAACAACAAUAAUAAUAACUAUGCCAACACCAACAACACACCAUCAUCAUUCUCAUGUUUCAACCAUGUUGAAUCAUUCAUUUCAACCAACAAUCAAACAAAAAAUAUUAAUAAUAAUAACAACAACAAUUAUUCCUCUUCCACAGACAGACAACCUUUUCAUUGUUCACCAACCAAUAAUGGUAAUAAUAUUACAAUCUUUGUCAAUCACUUCAAUCCACAGCCAUUAAAUAAUACAAAUAAUAACAACAAUAUAUUAUAUGUCACAAUCCACUCCUUUUUUACCUCUUCAAUGCACAUACAACCCCCUCAUUGUUCACCAACAAAUAAUAACAUUCCAAUUACAACAAAGAAUAAUCAUAAUAAUAUUACAAUCUUUACCAAUCACCCACAAUCAUUCACCAAUCAAUCAUUCAAUCAUCACCAAUCGGCCAGUCAGUCGCCCGUCCCAAAUCCAGUGAUCAAGAGUACCAGUUUCCAAGCAACAAUCACCAUUCGUAGACCAACAUAA